GUUCUCUGUAUUCCCAGGACUGUCCAGAGGAGAAGGUCCCAGAGAAUGCUCAGAUGACAAAUCAGGCGGAAGAUCUGAUUAUUAUUAAAGUAGAGGAUGAAGAAGAGAGGAUGAUGGGCGAUCCCCCGUGUAAGAGUGAGGUGGAGGAGGACAUUCCAGGAGAUGUCACCACAGAAAUUGCCAGGAAGACUUCUGAAGAAAAUGUAAUGUUAUCACUACAGACUGAAGAUAUCAUGCAGCACUCUUCAGGAGAAAACUUAAUUACCCUUAAUUACCCUGUACAUCCAGGACUUCACAGUACAGAUCUAUCAUAUAAUACCCCUAAUCAUGAGGAAUGUUUUGACCAAUCAUAUAUUGUAACCUCAUGUACAGGUCAGAAAGGGGGUAAAAGGUUUCAAUGUGGUAAAGAGUUCACAAAAAGUUUAGGCCUUUCCACAUAUGGAUUUCACGCAGGAGAGAAGCCAUACUCCUGUUCAGAAUGUGGGAAGCGCUUUACAGAUAAAUCAAAUCUUGUUAAACAUGAGAGAAUUCACACAGGAGAGAAACCAUAUUCAUGUUCACAUUGUGGUAAAUGUUUUACACAGAAAUCAAAUCUUGUUACGCAUCAGAAAUUUCACACAGGAGAGAAGCCAUAUGCAUGUUCAGAAUGUGGGAAAUGCUUUACACAUAAAUCAAAUCUUGUUACACAUAAAAAAAGUCACACAGGAGAAAAGCCAUAUGCAUGUUCAGAAUGUGGGAAAUGCUUUACUAAUACAUCAGAUCUUGGUAAACAUGAGAGACGCCACAAAGGAGAAAAGCCAUAUUCAUGUUCAAAAUGUGGGAAAUGUUUUAAACAAAAAUCAGAUCUUGUCAUACAUGAGAGAAUUCACACAGGAGAGAAGCCAUUUUCAUGUUCAAAAUGUGAGAAAUGUUUUACACAAAAAUCAGAUCUUGUUAUACAUGAGAGAAUUCACACAGGAGAGAAGCCAUAUUCAUGUUCAGAAUGUGGCAAAUGUUUUACACAGAAAUCAAAUCUUGUUACACAUAAGAAAAUUCACACAGGAGAGAGGCCAUAUUCAUGUUCAGAAUGUGGGAAGUGCUUUAGAGAUAAAUCAAAUCUUGAUACACAUAAGAGACGUCACACAGGAGAGAAACCAUAUUCAUGUUCAGAAUGUGGAAAAUGUUUUGCAGAUAAGUCAGGUCUUAUGAAACACGAGAGGAGAAGUCACACAGGGGAGAAGCCGUAUUCAUGUUCAGAAUGUGGGAAAUGUUUCACAGAUAGAUCAAGUCUUGUUAAACAUGAACGAAUUCACACAGGAGAAAAGCCGUAUUCAUGUUUACAAUGUGGGAAAGGCUUUUCAGAUAAAUCAAAUCUUGUUAUACAUGAGAAACGUCACACAGGAGUGAAGCAUUGACUUCUAACGUAAUAAAAUAUUUUAAUUAACUCCACCCCCUUGUGUUAUUGUAGAGAACUAAAUUAGGGAGAGAUACUACUGCCGCUAGGACGGAGGGAAAAAAGAUUAACAUUAUAAAUCAAUGCUUUCCUUACAUCCUACCAGCAGCACAACAAUGUGGAAUUAACUAGAAGGGCUGAUUUUAGGCAUCUCAUUC